CCGACCCAAGCGGAAGUGACGUUAGGCGUCCGCCGGAGGUGGUGGUGGUGUGUUGCGCUACCGGCCUUGAAGAAGAGCUGGGGCCUGCUCCCGGAGAAAUACAGCUAUGUCGAUCGAAAUCGAAUCUUCGGAUGUGAUCCGCCUUAUCAUGCAGUACUUAAAGGAGAACAGUUUACAUCGGGCAUUAGCCACCUUGCAGGAGGAGACUACUGUGUCUCUGAAUACUGUGGACAGCAUUGAGAGUUUUGUGGCUGACAUUAACAGUGGCCAUUGGGAUACUGUGUUGCAGGCUAUCCAGUCUCUGAAAUUGCCAGACAAAACCCUCAUUGACCUCUACGAACAGGUUGUUCUGGAAUUGAUAGAGCUCCGUGAAUUGGGUGCUGCCAGGUCACUUUUGAGACAGACUGAUCCUAUGAUCAUGUUAAAACAAACACAGCCAGAGCGAUAUAUUCAUCUGGAGAACCUUUUGGCUAGGUCUUACUUUGAUCCUCGUGAGGCAUACCCAGAUGGAAGUAGCAAAGAAAAGAGAAGAGCAGCAAUUGCCCAGGCCUUAGCUGGUGAAGUCAGUGUGGUGCCUCCAUCUCGUCUCAUGGCAUUGCUGGGACAGGCACUGAAGUGGCAGCAGCAUCAAGGAUUGCUUCCUCCUGGUAUGACCAUAGAUUUGUUUCGAGGCAAAGCAGCUGUCAAAGAUGUGGAAGAAGAAAAAUUUCCUACACAACUGAGUAGGCAUAUUAAGUUUGGUCAGAAGUCACAUGUGGAGUGUGCUCGAUUUUCUCCAGAUGGUCAGUAUUUGGUCACUGGGUCUGUUGAUGGAUUCAUUGAAGUAUGGAACUUUACUACUGGAAAAAUCAGAAAGGAUCUUAAGUACCAGGCCCAGGAUAACUUUAUGAUGAUGGAUGAUGCUGUCCUGUGCAUGUGUUUCAGCAGAGAUACAGAAAUGUUAGCAACUGGGGCCCAAGAUGGAAAAAUCAAGGUAUGGAAGAUUCAGAGUGGACAGUGUUUAAGGAGAUUUGAGAGGGCACACAGUAAGGGUGUCACCUGUCUAAGCUUCUCUAAGGAUAGCAGUCAGAUCCUUAGUGCUUCUUUUGACCAGACAAUUAGAAUUCAUGGUUUAAAAUCUGGGAAAACACUGAAGGAAUUUCGUGGCCAUUCCUCCUUUGUUAACGAAGCAACAUUUACACAAGAUGGACAUUACAUUAUUAGUGCAUCCUCUGAUGGCACUGUAAAGAUCUGGAAUAUGAAGACCACAGAAUGUUCAAAUACCUUUAAAUCCCUGGGCAGCACCGCGGGGACAGAUAUUACCGUCAACAGUGUGAUUCUACUUCCUAAAAACCCUGAGCACUUUGUGGUGUGCAACAGAUCAAACACGGUGGUCAUCAUGAACAUGCAGGGGCAGAUUGUCAGAAGCUUCAGUUCUGGUAAAAGAGAAGGUGGGGACUUUGUUUGCUGUGCCCUCUCUCCCCGUGGUGAAUGGAUCUACUGUGUAGGGGAGGACUUUGUGCUCUACUGUUUCAGUACAGUCACUGGCAAACUGGAGAGAACUUUGACAGUGCACGAGAAGGAUGUGAUUGGUAUUGCACAUCACCCUCAUCAGAACCUGAUUGCUACCUACAGUGAAGAUGGACUCCUAAAGCUCUGGAAACCAUAAUUCAACUUUUCUUUUUAAAUCAGCUUGAAAGCACAUACUUAAAUGAAGGCAUAUUCAUGUAAUGUGCUUUUUUUUUUCUUUCCUUUUUUUUUUUUGGCCAACUUUUCUAAGCAAAUAGAUUGUCUGAAUUAGUCACA